AUGACGCCUCCACCGUCGAAGCCGCUAACACCUCAGGAAUGGGAAACCCUAAUCGAGGACUUCCAAUUCAGCGGCGAAGAGAGAAGGCAGAACAAGUGGAGCUCUCUCCCUUCGCUCUUCGAUCUCCUCGUCAACUUGGUCCUCCGCAAGGACUUCCUUCUCUCCGUCAAGUUCCAGCUCCUCGUAUUCCUCAACGAGUUCUCCGAUUCAUUCUUCACUUCCAAUGACGACCACGCAUACCAACUCGACCGUGUAAUUGACGCGCUCCACACCGUCGUCCAAUCCCCGAUCGACAGCGUUUACAUAACCAUCUCAUUCAGAGAACAGUUCAUGAUCUCCGUUACCUCGAUCGUUGUAAGUUUGGUUGAGGUAUUGUUAACGGUCAUCAACUGGCCAAAUUUCGGGUCGGAUCGUCAAACCCGAUAUAUCGCAUGCGAGUGCUUGCGCGAAUUGGAGGGUUCCAACCCGUACCUUCUCUCCGACGUCGUUGGCCACUUGUAGAGCUUGUGCCAGAACGAACGAGCACAUGCUUCACAAGGUUAUAUAUCUUGCUAUUAACCAUGGCUAUUCAUAACAUUGUUGUUAAGCAAUUGCAUGUUUCUGUUGUGAAUACUUCCAUUCUUAUGGUCCCAUUCAAUUCGCCAUAGUGUGUGUUUGGGGUGGCUUAUGGUGGUGAUUUGAACCUGAAGGAGUUGAGGAAGGCUUUGGCGUUUUUGCUCGAGUGGCCACAGAUUUUGACACCUCGUGGGAUGGAGUUCAUGGCGAUGGUGAUUCCUGUGGCUGCCGCAUUGGAAAUCCAACCUUAAAUGCUGAAGGUGAAGUUUUUCGAGUUGAUUUAUUCCUAUAACCCUGUUCUAUGCCACGUUAUUUUGAUGAUGUAUUUGUGUUUCUUGGAUGCUUUUGCUGGCCAAUAAUGGGAGCUUUCACAAAGGCUCUUCUUGAUUUCAAGAAAAUUGCAGCAUUACUUGAUUUUUCGACUGCUAGCUGUGCGGUGGUUUUUGGGUUUCAAUCAGCUAAUUUCUAGUAGAAGUACAAAGUCUAUGAUCAAGGCUUGCUUUAUUUUCUCUUCUUGUGUUUUUCUCGGUGUGUCUGUGUGUUGAGGUACUCAAAAUGAAAGGUGGGUAUACUGAGUUAGUUGAUUCA